AUGAAUUCUCGGAAACGGCUCCGAACCUCGUAUGCGUGUGACAUUUGCAGAGUGCGUAAAAUCCGGUGCGAUGGGAGAACCCCUUGCGGCUCAUGUCAAACGUCUGCACAGGGCUGCACAUAUGGCGUGGAGGCUUCAUCAAGAGGGAAAACCGACAUCAUACUGGAGAGGGUCGAACACGUGGAGGCUCUCCUAAAUAACCUGAAUGCGAAGUUUGAUUCAAGUGUCUCUGCAUUGCUCUCUUCCCAAGGAAGUACGCCACCUGUGGCGUUGAAUGGCACGUGGAGCCAUAUAUCCCCUUCUCACGACAGCACACAGAGCAUCGACAACGCCGUCCUAAGAUUCCACACAUCGGCCACAGAAUCUAUUCUUCAAUGGCCGUACCUCGCUUCAUUCACCUCACUAAAAGAUGAGUAUAUGCCAAUCUCCCAACUGGAACAAUCGCGCCCACCAUUUCGGCACAAGAUGAGAAUAUCAUAUCCGCGCCUUAACAGGGAUGAAGUCACCACCGUGCUGGAUGUGUUCUCUCAGACGGUCAACUUUGUGUUUCCAACCGUCUCUGUGGACCGAGUGACGCGCUGCUUGUCUUCUAUAGUGGAUGCUAGUGUCAUGCAGGACGACAACACAGAUGCGUGUUUGAGCUUAUUGAUGAUAGCAUUAGGUUGUGCUAGUCAAACUGUCUCUCGCUUGCGCAACACCGACUUCACUGUCGAGGAUAAAACCUGGUGUGCCUCGCGCCGCGUGUUGGGGGAUCAUUUCUUUGACUUGGCCAUGAUGAGGGUGCCGUCGGCACAUACGGAUACCACAGGGACGGCAGUGCACUGUCUCUUCUUCGUCGGAUUAUACUUUUGCUACCUUCGUCGACCCUUUCAAGCCUGGGAAUACAUAAACGCUGCCUCGGCGAAAUGCCUCCUGCUUUUGACCUAUCCCAAUCCUGUCUCAAGCGACGAGAGCAUUGAGCAUUUAAGGAGGAUAUUCUGGGCGUGCUAUAUUAUUGAAAGUGAUUAUAUCGCUGAGCUAUCCGCCCUGCCCACCUCUGGAAUCGCACCUGUCGAAUCCCAGGUCCCGCUGCCAGGCAACUAUCGUACACACCAAAUCCCCCACGACCAAGAGCAAGCGUCUUUAUACUUCUUGGCAUGUAUCUCCAUCCGCCGGCUUCUCAAUCGCGUGCACCAACUCCUCUACGACAACACCGACGGGGUCGCUAGCCAUCCCGAGCGGUUCCCGCAGGUCGCCGCUGAGCUAGAUCAGCAGCUCAGCGCGUGGAGAGAAGUCCUCCCGCCAUCAGUGUCAUUCCCGCUAGACAAUCCAAAUACUGAGAACAGCAAUGUGACCGACGCUGCGGGUUUCUUGCGCUUACGGUUUCUCGGCUGUCGGAGUGUCAUCUAUCGCCCGUACCUCACCUUAGUCCUUAGUGGCGAAGGAGUAGAUCCCGCGACGGGCGAAAUCAGCUAUGCUGCGUGGGAAGGGAGUAAGAACUGCAUUGAGUCGCUCUCCUUGUUGGUGCAGGCGCUCGACGGAUUUCCCCAUCAGGUCCUUAUUGAUACGUGGCAGUCCUCAUUAUCAUAUACAUGCUCCAUGCUAAUCCUGCUCGCCGCGGCAAACAAUCCAGCUCUUCGCCCCCUAAUUACCGAAGAAGUUCUGGGCGCGGGUAAACGGUUGGUAUCCCUAUAUCAGAAAUGGGAGGGCGCAACUGGAGGCCCGGGUUCUCCGACGGUAGAGCAGAACAUUCGCCUUAUGGGUGACAUUCACAGGUAUAUCAACGAGCUGUAUCUGCUGCCGUACGUCUAG